CCAGCAGCCCGCGCGCCGCCGCCAUUUUACCGCCCCUCCUCACUCGCGUCCCGCCCCUCACACCGCGGCUCGCACAAGGGCCGCCACCGCCACGUGACGCGCGGCCCCGCCCGCGCCGGGGACGGUCAGCAGCAGCUGGUGGCGGUGACCAGAGCCCCGGCGAGCCGGGGCGCUCCGCCUUCCUACGGCACAGGGCAGCACCGGAGCCGGUGGGCGGCAGGCUGGGAAUGGAGUGCAUAGUUUGCAUGUCAGCAGUGGGACACCUUACCAAAACAAAGCAUCCAUGGGACUGUUGUCUAAUCAAUGACUUCUAAGUGCAGGAGCUGCUAGAUUGGAAACAAGUGCUACAAGAUGCCAAGUGAGGUGCUUGAGAGCAGCAGUGGGAUGGAGGAGACCAUGCAGAAAGAGAGCAAGUCUGGAAGCCAGAGCCCUCACCACGGCUCCAUGAGAAGGGCUGUGGCAACCAGUGUCACCUUUGAUGGGGAAGCCACUAUGGACCGGAGGAAAAAGAAGAAGAAAGAGUCCCGUCCUGAGUCAAUAAUAGUGUAUCGGUCAGAGAAUGAGAACAAGGUGGAAGAAGAACGGGUGGAUGAAGAAGGAGGGGAGAGGAGCUCUGAGGAAGGCUCCAAGUUCCUGGGUCAGUCCAUGGCAGAUGGUGUCUGGAACAUGCCUUUAGACAGCCGAUACGUCACUUUGACUGGAACAAUCACCAGGGGAAAGAAGAAGGGUCAGAUGGUGGACAUCCAUGUCACACUAACGGAGAAAGAGCUGCAGGAACUGGCUAAGUCAAAGGAACCUCCUAAAGAGAACGUACCUGAGAAGAAGAAGAAAUGUGAUGUUGGGCUGGACAGGGGGCCUCACAUCGUCCUCUGGACCAUCAUCUGCCUCCCCAUCAUUUUUGUAGUGUCCUUCGUGGUUUCAUUCUACUAUGGAACCAUUACAUGGUACAACAUCUUCUUGGUGUACAAUGAAGAGAGGACCUUCUGGCACAAAAUCACCUUUUGUCCCUUUUUGAUCAUCUUCUACCCAAUUAUAAUUAUGGUUGUGUCUUUUUCCCUAGGCCUGUACUCGGCUGUGGCCCAGGUAGCAUGGUCCUUUGGGUACUGGUGGCAUGCUGUUAGGGAUAUGGAGAAGGGCUUCUGUGGCUGGCUCUGCAGCAAGCUGGGUUUGGAAGAUUGUUCUCCGUACAGCAUUGUCGAGCUGCUAGAUUCUGAUAAUAUCUCAGGUAGUCUCUCUGGCAAGAGCUCUGCACAGGGGGUUGAGACCUCAGCAGUCUGAGCCUUUUUCCUGGCUGACUAUUUUGGUCAUAUGUGAGUGGUUUUCACCUAGAAAAUAACAUGCUGAUUUUUUAAACGUGUAUAUAUAUAUAUAUUUAAACACAAACUUAAUGAAUAAAAUAUUGGGCUGGGAGUGGCCUUUAAAUGUCACAGAAUGCAAUCGUGCUAGCUUCACAUGGUCUGGAUGGGGAGGUGCAUGGCUCUCCAAGGAUUUGUCAUCUGUUUUAGCUAAUUACAACUUCUGGGAAUCCAGGUCUGUGGGGUUUGGGCUGUUUGUGGGGUGGCAGAGAUAUACACUGAAAAGUCCACUUCUGUAAAGUUAGACUUUACUUUUAGGGAAUGAGACAUAACAGUGACCUGUCAAUUCAGUGAAAAGAAGUCUCUACUCGGGGGAUGACCUUCAGGAGCUAGGAAAUCAUUCAGAGGUGAAGGCUAAAUUGCAAAAUGUAAUCUUCCUGCAGUUUUCCUAGAAAGGGUCCUCUUCCAGUCCUUCCAACAAGUGCAACAAACCUUCCAGGUAGGCUAACUGCUUAGACACUGUUGGAGUUUGAAAAACAGACCACUACAAUAGUUGUGCCCAGCCUUUCACUGGGAGAGGACAGCACAGCCUCUGACAAAGGCACGUGACCUCCACGCUGACCUGAAACACACCCACCACAUGAUGGAAGAAUAGGGCUUUCUCUGUGGUGCAGUGCACAGGUCACCAGGCACCCUCAGGAGAUGGUAGCUGCACAGAUAGGUGCUUAGGACACACCUGCAUUUGAUAUCUUGAUAGGUCCACUGUUAGGAAGGAAUGGACUGCAAGAGUCGUAUGCAGUGUGCAGCUCAAACAGUUGCAUUAUAGGGAAGAAACAUCUGCUCUGAGGAAAGGUGAUGAGUUUGCAUGUGACUGCAACGCAAGUGUGGACUGGCGGCACCUGUAUUUAGGGAAGUGGAGUGGAAGGUGCUUGGGAUGGGAUAGACUCACUGAAAUAGUCAUUCUUUUUUUCACAUUGCUGUUAUGGAAAAGCUGCUGGACCUUCCCUUUCAGAACAGGGGUGUCCCUAAGCCUGUCUUUUUGUGCCAGUGCAAACUGCAUUGGUGUCUCAACUCUGGAAAUCUACAUUCCCCAUACACUCCUGGUUAAUUAUAUGAAAGAACAAUGGAUUAGACAUCCUCCUCCCCUCGUGUCUCAUUUUCAUAAUUGUUUACCCUCCUUUUGGGACUUUGCAUGGCAUCUUAGUGGGCUCCCACACCAGGCUGAGGUGGCCACAGUAGGCUGGAGAAAUUUAAAUUGUCUCUAAAAAAAUGGCUAGCAGAAAAGUUAUUUUUCUGGAUUGACUCUUGUGGUUUUGGCCUGAGGAGGAUAUGAUGAAAAUAAAAGAAAGGUAUUAUGGACUGGAAUGGGGACUUAGUUACACAUCUGAAACAUGUUUGAUUUUCUGAGUGCUCUAGUUCAGCUGGUGCUGCUAGAAAGUCUGGCUCAGCCCCAACCCAGAGGAGCCCACCAUUUGCAUGCGUGUAGGUAGAUAAUUUGUAGUGUGCAGUCAGUCAGGCUGCACAGUCACUCAUGUCUGUAUAGGUGUUUCACUUCCCCAGUCUCCCUACCAGAAGGGGAGCUGCUCUAGUUUUAGAAUGGCGAAGAGAAGCAUUCAGAAGAUGGAUUUCACAGCAACUAAUGCUUCGUGUUGCAUUUCAGGGAUAGGGUUAAGACUACUGACUGGCUGUCCUGGUUAGGACAUCUGGGAACCUGUGACAUAUAGAAAAGUCCAUCAACGCUCCAGGCCUGACACUGAGAAAUAAGUAAAAAGUCCCUGCUGCAUCCUUAGUCCAACUCUCUGGAAGGUCCAGCCAAAGCAGCCUUUUAGUGCUGGCUUGAGGAUUAACAGUGAGUAGUGUACAAGCCAAAUAUCCAGAGCAGGCUUGGCCCCCACUUUACAGGUACAGCCAGGCUGUGUUUGCUGCUUCCUGAUGCACAGCUUUCAGUUUUUACUGGCUAAGUCUUUAAAGGCAAUGACCAACUUCCAGGAAACAGGAAAAAAACAAAAGACCCCAACCUGUGAGGGAAUGGCAGGUAAUUCAGUGGGGUUCAAAGAGGCUGACAUAUGCCCAGGACUGGUUCAAGCAGUGAAAUGCCUUUCACAGGGCUGUUUCAGUCAGGAAGCUUGAUAUGCCUCUGAAUUAACAGAAACUGAGAAUAGGUCAUAGAAUUCUAGAAUCAUAGAAUAGUUUGUGUUGGAAGGGACCUUUAAAGGUCAUCUAGUCCAGCCACCCUGUAGUGAGCAGGGACAUCUUUAACUAGCUCAGGUUGCUCAGACAGCCAUCCAACCUGGCCUUGAAAGUUUCGAGGGAUGGGGCAUCUACUACCUCUCUGGGCAACCUGUUCCAGCAUUUCAUAACCCUCACUGUAAAAAAUUUUCUUCCUUAUAUCUAGCCUAAAUCUACCCUCCUUUAGUUUAAAACCGUUACCCCUUGUCCUAUGGCAACAGGCCCUGCUAAAAAGUCAUGCCAGUCCUGGCAGUCUGCAGUGACCCAGCGCAGCCAGUCUGCUUAAUACUCCACAUGGAAAUCACAGGCUCCCACAUGGCUGAAGGGUGGGAAGAAGUGAUGCUUAACAAGCAUUAAUGGGAAGGAAGGCCUGCUGGCAAGUGUUCUCACGCUUUGCCUAGAGGGACACUGCUGGCAUGAAAGGGUUGGAUUGUCUAUCUUGGCCCCAACAUGCAGCGAACAAGUGGGUUUGGGGGAAGGAUGGCUGGCAAGUGUGCAUUGCUGCAGAGGGAGAAAACCCCAUUCAGCCAUCCCUGCCAAACAGCAGCUGUUCAAGGCUAGACGAAUGGGGUCAGUAGCACAAAGAGCCUUCACUUACAGAGGCCUCGAAUGAUAAAUACUAGCUCAUUACAGAAUACAGCCAUGUGAAAUGUCUGCUGGGCUGCAGGAUUUGCUUUCAGACUUGCAAACAGCCUGCCAGAGCGGAGACAAAACCAGAUCUGUGCCUCUUACUGCUAUGUAAACACAAAGGAGCAUCAGAGAAAUCAUAUUACCCUCCCUCUGCCAUGGCAGCUAUGCUUCUGGGUUUGGAAGCCGCCUUUUCGGGGAUAUACUGAAACACUCCAUCGUGUGUUUUCUACUUCUUUACACUUAACCAAGCUUGCCUGUGCUCCUGCCGAAGUCAGGGUGUUCUGCCAUUGAUUUUGGUGGGGGCUAGUUUAAGCUUGGGGUUAGUUCUGGUGCUAUUUGUAAAAGUUUUAUUCAAACUUUUCUCAAAACAACUCUGGAUAGCUUUCUCUCUUGCCCAUAUCCCCCAAAGCGGUUUGCCUGCUGCAAAAUAUAUAAUCAUAAUCACUUGUUGUAAUAGAAAAAAGCACAAAUUUUUGUCUUGUUCUACCCUUGCUUUCAGAAACUCAUGAGUAAUUUCUGCUUAUGUGCCACUGUCAAAUUGCAGGGAAUUCCAGUUAUUCUGAUUGUCGAGUGUGUUUCUGGCUACUCUAGUCUGGAUGUUUUUUUUUUUAAGUAAAGAUAAUGUGUGUUUGCUGAUUAUUAUUUUUAAUUGCAUCCCCUUUUCCCAUCCUUGCUGGCCUGGGUGGAGAAUAAAGAUGUACGUGGCUUUAGAAGA